AUCGGUGACGGGGUUCUGUGCGGCGAUUUCGCGAUCUCAGGCCGCUGGAAACAAAAUUUCAGUUUACCCAGCGCAAACACGGACUUCCUCACGUCUCAAAAGCAGAGUCAGUUCAAUUUAAGAUUCGAGUGCAAGGUAUUACUUCUCUACUUCAAGCUGGGCUUACAGAGCUAUCCUUUCCAUCUGCGGACAGCCAAGCAAGCCAUGGCCACACUCCAGGCCAUCAAGUAUGAGCGGGGCAGGCUGUUAGUGCUCGAUCAGCUCAGGCUGCCCCACGAAAACCACUACGAUGAGGUCUCGACGGCCGAGGAGGCCUUUGAGUGCAUUCGGUCUAUGAGAGUUAGAGGGGCCCCAGCGAUCGCCAUCGUGGCUGCCCUGGCGCAUGCAGUUGAGCUGCACAACGGGAGCUGCACCGCAACAACCCCAGAAGAGACGGUCGCCUACAUCGAGUCUCGGCUAGAUUUCCUGAGGGAGAGCCGGCCAACCGCCGUUGACCUCUCCAAUGCCAUCUCUCUCCUCAAACUGGCCGCGAGAGCCGCCAAGAUCGAGGGGUUGGCGCACCCUGAGGCCAAGGCCGCCAUCCUGAACUCGUACAUCGAAGCGGCAGAGAAGAUCUUGGAGAAAGACAUAGAAAACAACAAGUCUAUCGGGCGGUACGGCAGCCUCUGGUUGAGCCAGCAGUUCAACGCCAGACGAGACCGUCCAAUAUCGGUCCUCACCCACUGCAACACCGGCUCGCUCGCCACCUCCGGUCACGGCACCGCGCUCGGCAUCAUCCGCACCCUGCACUCCGAAGGCUUGCUGAAGCACGCCUACUGCACCGAGACACGCCCUUACAACCAAGGCAGUCGACUGACGUCGUUCGAGCUUGUCUUCGAGGGGAUUCCUUCCACCUUAAUUACCGACAGCAUGGCGGGUGCCCUGUUCGCACUGCACCGCGAGCGCAUGAACAUUGGCGCUGUCAUCGUCGGUGCCGAUCGUGUCGUGCGCAAUGGCGAUACCGCCAACAAGAUCGGCACAUAUGCACUCGCGGUUCUCGCCAGGCAUCACGGCGUCAAGUUUGUGGUGGCCGCGCCGACGACCAGUAUCGAUCUCGAGACGGAGACAGGCGAGGGUAUUAAGAUCGAGGAGCGCAAGCCCGAGGAGCUGACUCAAAUCACUGGCGCCGUCGUCAACGCUGACGGGAGUGUUGACACAAGCCGGACGGCACGGGUGGCCACUGCGGACCAGAGGAUCGGCGUCUGGAAUCCCGCUUUUGAUGUCACGCCGCACGCGCUGAUCGAUGUGAUCGUGACGGAGCGGGGGGCCGUGGUGAAAGGGGCGGACGGGAAGUUUAACUUUAGCCAGGUGUUGCCUGAGAGAUGGCGCUGACUGGCCGGGGGUCUGUUAGGGUUAGUUGGACUGGAAGGGUGAUUUACAAGAUAUACAUGAUGGCAUGAAUUCCAUGUACGGUAGAUUUUCUUUGGCGACUUCCCUUAGAGACCGAAGCCAAAAUCCUGCGGCAUUUCCUGGGCCCCAGCACUUCGAGUUCGCGUCGUCCUGAAGAUCUCUGGGCUGAGAGACAGCGUCCAACGGUCUUGGCGGCGUUGCCAGGGUAAGAGU